UACUCACAUACACACACACACACCACACACAUGGGGGGGAGAUUAUAAAGAAAAAUAAGCAGAUCUUCCGUGGCAGGUGUCUGGAGCAGGAAGCAAAGCAGGUCAGGGCACGGGAGCUACAGAUGAGUCCCCAGGCAGGCAAUGCACCUCUGUAACCUCCAUGACCCAGCCUGCCUCCCAAAGGACAAACCAGUAGGAGCAAAAGAAUGUACCCUCAUGUCACAGCCAGACUUCAGCUUAGCGCCAAAUGCCAAGUGGCGUAGGGUAGCACCAGUAUGCCAGCCCUGGGUUGCCAUCAGGGGGGACCCCAGUGACCAGUAUGCAGGAUGGGUGAGGUCUCUGAACUAUCACAGUGGCCUGGCACACAAGUUGAGGCCAUGGGGAAAGGGGUGGGAUAGAUGGACAGGUAAGCAGACAGGACAAGCUGGAGGGAAGGCAGAACAGAGGCCCUGGGAGAGGCCCUGCUCCAGAAAACACUCUACUACUAGGUCUGUCUAGAAAACCCCAACCGACCCUCGUGGUCUCCCGGGAUCCUCUGUACCUACCCACGUGGUCCAGCACCUGCUCCCAUCCCAGGUGGGAAAUCCCCCAGUUGAGGCUCCAGAGUCCCAAUAGGAUACCCACGUUUGCACGUCUACCCUCAUCCUGUGGCUAUGGGGUGGGCAGGUUCAAAGGGUGGACAAGGUUCAGAGGACAGAGCCUUAGACAAGCUUCCUGGAAGAGGGAUCUCCUGAGGCAAGGCCAACACAGCCAGCACUCCAGGCAGACUCAAGCAAAUGGAGAGCAGGGUGUUGAAGGCCUUGCCCGGGCACACUGCAAGGCAGUGACACUUGCUCUGUGCCCUACUCACUCAGCCUCCCUGGGCCCCCAUUUUCUCAUCUGGAAAAUAAGGAUUUGAACUCUCCCAAGGCUGUGGGAGGAUUCAGUUAGCCAUAAACAAGAGCAAGGGAUAGACUGUGACGCCACCAGCCAUGAUUCUAUCAUAUAGUCAUUUGUUCAUCUUGGGCCUAGGACUGCCCUAGAGGCCAAGCCUACAGUGGGGCAGCUUCUGUCCAAGCUAGAAUGUGGGAAGUCUCCUCCAGCCUACCUGGAGGUAGGUGGAGACCCCUCCCUCACAUGACACCUCUUCCUGACAGGUAUCUCGGUGUCCAGAGCAGCCUUUUAAGCCAAAGCAGGCAUGUAAUUAAUUCAGUGAUACAGUACUUGCCUAGCGUGCUCAAGGCCCUAGAUUCAGUACCAGGAUAACAAAUUCAAACACAAAAACUCCUCACCAAAACCUGUUCCCAGGUCAGCACUGGAGUCAGAGUGCCAGUGGCAGUGUGUCCUUGACCUCGGGUUGAUGCUGUUUGUACUUUAUGCUUGAGGUUUUUUCCCAAGCCUGUCCCUGGGCUUGCUCCUCAGAAUGGAGGCCCCUGAGCCUCAGUGCCCCUCACAAGCACGAAAUGUAGCUGCUGGAAACCACUAUGUCACUGACAGGAGCUCUGUGAGACCCAUUGCUCUGAGCCAGUCAAGCCACCUGAGUUCCAACCUAGUAGGGGUCCCACCUGGCCGGUCCUCUGGGACUCCUGGGAGGCUAUAGUCUGCUGUUUCUACAGCUGCAAGCCGCACAUGGGGCUGCAAAGCUGGCUUGCUGGUCACCUGGUAUUUUGAGUGCAGACUGAUUAUGUAACUUCAGAACCACACUUCAGGGCCCUGGAGCCUUCCUGCCCUCCACAGCCCUUUCCAAAGUCAGAGCUUCAAGCGGGCCAUGGUGAGUGCCAGGAGCCAGGGAUCAGUCUGGGACAGUCAGGAUCCACACUUCAACCCAGAGGCAGCUUCCCAGCAGGUAUCCUGGAAAAUCCCCCUUGCAGACUUUCCUCUUACCUAGGCACUUCCGAGAUUUGCCAUCAUCUUGGCCCUGGUGCUGAUAAUGAUUGUGUCCCUGAGGUUUUGGCAGCAGGCCCUGGGUAGAUCCAUGGGCUGGAAUAGGUGUCCAAUGUAUGCCUCUCUGCAUCCUCACUCUGUCCCACAGCCCACAUGUGUCUACAUGGCACUGUGCUUUAGCACCCAUAGGAUGGCCACACCCAGCCACCAUACUUGUCUGUGUGCGUCUAAUGUCCUGUGUGGGGACAGCUUGCAUAUGGAAGUUCUGGGGCUACACAGAAUGUGCAGAAUGAGACACACCUAUGUGCACAGAGACACUGACACACACCCUGAGUAAGGCUGGGGGCCUCAAGGGGAGGGUGUGUGCUGGGUGCCUGCCAACCCUGAGCUCAGCCCAAGCUCAGCUUGAGUUUCUCCUGGGGCUGAAGAGCAGGUGCUUGCUCUGCCUGGGGCCCACGGGGUUGAUUCAAGCAUCAGCUGGCAGUCUAGUCUCCUCCCCAUAGGCCUGCCUGGCAGAUGUCACUGCCAGAGUGGAUUGACUGGGCAGGGAAGUCCCAUGCUGUCUAAUGGGCCAGGCUUGCAGAUGAGCAGAAACCGUGGCAGGUUUACCCACACCUGCCCUGCAUCCUGAGGCUCAGCUGCAAGGAUUGAUAGAACCUGAGCCUGGAUCACUGGCAUCUGGAUUGCUUGGUCUACUCUAUCCUGUGGCCGUGUGAUCAGGAGUAGCCUCCUCCCUGGGUCCUGGACAUCACCUUCUCUACCAGAGACCGCAUUCCUGCUCAGCUGAGUCACUCCAGCUAGACCUGGACCUACAACCUACAGCUUUUGGGCUUCCCUGCCCUGAAACGCUCCAGCCAGGAUGAUCAGAACUCUCCGACAGUCAGCCUUGGGUGCCAGACUGGGUGCCCUGGCGAGUCCGGGUCUCGCUCUCCUUCUGUCCCUCACUGCCCACUGCUCUGGUCCUCAGACUAAGGGCUUCCCCAAGGGAGGGCUGAAUACUAGUGAAGCCAACACAUGGGUCAGGGACAACACCAACCUCUCGCAGAACUUUUGGUGCUUGCCAGCCAGCCAGCUGCCCCGGGAAGAGCUCUCCACUUUACUCAGAAGCCUGGCUUCGAAGAGGGUCCCACUCAAAGCCUGGCAGCUUAGCUGCCUGGCCAACCUCGCUGCACGGCAAGGCCUUCAGGAGGACUUUGAGUUCCACCCACCCAACCUCCUACUUUUCUACAAUCUGAGCCAGGUGAGCGAAGCCAACUGCCGGGCCUUCAUUCACCAUGCUGCCCAAGGGGACACAGAACUGCUGGCCAACUUGCCCAACCAGAGAGUUGCCCUACAGCACACCGCCUUGGCCUGUCUGGUAGCACUGACCUACUGUCCCUGCAGGGGGAGACCCCACCUACAGCUCAGUGCCUCAGACCUGGGGCUUCUCGGGGUCCUGGUAUGUGACAUGGAGGCACCCCAAAUCGUGACUUCAGACCCCCAUGUGCUGAAGAACCUGCUUCGAUGCCCAAGGCUGACUUUCAUGCAGACUACUGCCCUUAACACCCUGCUGGCCAGUGGGAAGACACAAAUUGGGCCCCCUGGCUCCUGGAACCUGGAGGCGCUGCAGGCCCUAGGACCUCUGGCCACCUACAUCAGCCCCCACCUGUGGGAGAAGGUGCAGGAGGCUGUGGGCUUGGAGUUCUUCCGCAGUGUGGUGGCUGCAUACCGGGCAGGCCAGCUGAACAGGCGCGAUGCCGUGCGCUUCAUCACCAACUUCCUGGAGUCCAAGGCCAAUUCAGUGUCCUCAAGGCUCAAGCGGCGCACAGGGAACGCUUGUGUCCGUGGCAACAUCACAGCAGCCACCCUGCAUGAUGACCUCUUCCUGGUGCACUACGACUGCACCCAGCUGGAGUCCUGCCUGGGCACACGUGUGCUCAGGGCCAACCUGGACCCCUUACUACAACACCCCCUGCCUGCAGAGUGCCAGCGUGUUGUCAAAGCCAAGCUCGCUCAGAUCUACCCACACGGCAUCCCUGAGGACCAGCUGCACCUCAUCACCUCGCUGGUCUACCUCUACUCCCUCGCUGAAAUAGGCCAGUGGAACAUCACGUCUGGGGACACGGUGAUGGUCCUGCUGGCCUCAGAUGCAGCUCUGGAGAACCAGACAGAGGCAGUUCUACAGAAGUACUUGGACCAUAACGGCAAGGUUACUGGCGCUCUUCUGGUGGCCAUCGGGGGUUCCCGUCUCUGCUGGAUGAGCCUCAAGCAGAUCCAGAUCAUCCAGCCCUCGGAGUUCCGGCUGGCUGGGGCUCCAGACAUCUCCCCUUGCCCUCAAAGUCGGAAGGAUGUGCUCUUCGCCAAGGCUCGCGAGGUCUUUAGGAACACCAGUACUGUAGGAGAAUACUACUACUUAAUACGCCCCUACCUUGGUGGCGCCCCCUUGGAGGAACUUCAAUACCUGGCCCAGGCCAACAUCUCCAUGGACAUUGAUACAUUCACCAACCUCAACCCCUUCAUGCUGAAGAACAUGAGUGUGGACAGUGUGAGGAAUCUGCUGGGCCAGAAUGUGGGGGACCUGCAGAAGGCCCGUAACCACCCAAAUGUUAUCCUGUGGAUGCACAGCCACAACAUGUCAGACCUGUCUGAAAUGGGCCUGGACACCAGUCCCACCCUGUCCUAUGUGACCAACAGGCCCCCUAACACUGCCUACCCACCAUCCGAUUUGAUCCAUACCUUGGAUCUUCCAGGGAAUGACGGUGUUGCCCCGGCCUCAGGAAGUCCUCCAGUUCAUCUGGGGUACCUGUCACUUGCUGUGGCUCUGUCUUCCAGCCUCUUGUGGCUGCUACUGUGUCAGGCGUCUUCGGGACCAAUAGGCACUUGUCACAAGGCACUAGGACCCUGGACACUGCCAAUGGUGCUGACCCAGGGCAGUCAGACCCCUGAACAUCAGAUACAGGAGCAACGGAGCUGAUAGAUGGAACGAGACACCUAGGCUGAAGUACAUGUCCCAGACCCCAGGGGACCUACUGUGUUCCACAUCCUAGGAGACUGGCUCUGGUACACACCUCAGCUCUAAGGACCUGGGCUGGAAAGGAGAUAGGACCUAUCCAGCCACAAGAAAGGUUGGUAGGAAGAGACAGGUCCAGAUCUUCUGGCCUAUUCCAAGACAAAUGGAACUUGGUGUCACUUUGAUGUCACUGCCCUCACUGGUGUAUCUGAAUAAAGCACAAGGCUAUUGUACA